CCGGAAUUCAAUCAAACAGCAUUAAUUAACUUUUCAUCUUUCUUCCACCCUUGCAUCCUUGCUUCUUACUUUGCUGCCAUCAACUUCGACAUCAUACAAGAUACACUCUUUAUUUAUUCGGGUGUGAAUGGGAGACUCCUUCAACAGAGUAACGCGUUAAAGCCCUUCCUUCUCAUUCGGCAUAUCCGCACCGCUCCUUUUUGAUUAUCGACGCGGACUACCAAACGAUCAUCUACACAUUCAUAUCAAUCGCCUUUCCAUGGCUUCCGUCCAGAGUUAUCUCUCGAUUAAAGAGAGACUCUUUCUUUAAUUUCAACAGAGUAAAGCACACAAUUAUCAAUUUAUCUGUAUAACAAUCAUGUUUCAAAAAGCUGGCAGUAGGAGCUGGAGCGAUCUAAUCCAUACCUCAAGACAUCGACAAGGGCCUUUGCCACAGUACAAGCCCCAUCUCAAAUCUUUCACUCAAUGGCAAGAUACCUUAUCCCAAUUUCACAAGCAAAGACGAGUAGUUUGGCGAGAUGGAGACAUUCUUUGGCAAAGAAUGAUGCGGUACGCAUACACUGUCUGGUCACAUUGCCUACGAAUAGCAUAUGCUGCCUUUGUGCAGAUAUCGAUAAUGGCCAGAAGGUAUGCUGAAAAUGCUACUGGCUUUCAAAUCUUAAUCGGUGUUGGAAUAGGUGGCUUGGUAUUCAUCGUCUCUCUACUUCUCAUCGUACGUUCGCAACAGAACAAAAGGGCGAUCAAAGCGCUUCAUCUUCGUGAAAAGGAGGCAUUACAAGAUGAAGAGUAUGAUUCGGAUGAUUUCGAUUUUGAAGAUGAUUUGGAAGAAGAGGAAAAGGCAUCUUCAUUACCGCCACAUCUACGCAAAAUGUUGAUCGCAUCCCGACAAAAUCGAAGAUCUUCUAGCAAAGAUUCUGCUCUAUCGAGACCUCGACCUAGUAGUCUGAUUCGAAUCGUCAGCUCUGAUCCGCAAUCACAGUUGAGCGAAAAUGCGAUGCAGAUGGAUCUGCAUGCACGUCCUGGUCAUAGUCCUGUGCCCAAUUCACGAAAGAGAAAAGAGAGUGGCAGGCUCUUGCAUGGCAAUGAGCAAUCAAGCAGCUCCUCUAAUGCUUCCUCUCCUCGUUUGGUGCACACAGCUGGUCGAUCGGCAAAGCAGAGGAGAUCUACUUCACGCAACUCAGACCACGAAUCGAAGCGACCUACUCGAUUGGAUUCACUCACACGUCAAGGAAAGUCUAGCCAAAAUAAUGAUGAGAUCGGCUCCCAAUCGCCCAACAGUCUCAAAUCAUUCGCUUCUGCACAGACAGAUAUGGAUAGUCUAUGGAUUGGAUCUCCGGCAGAGACAUCGAACAAGUUGGCAUCAAUUCUAAGAAGAGAACCACAAUAUUACGCAAGUCUACCCCAAACGCCUUUAGCAGUUGAUCAGCAUAUUCUAGAUACCCGAUCACCUUAUGGCUUUUGGAGUGUGGAACCCAAUUCUGAAUUUGCCAAUAGCGAUACUUUUCACACUCUUCCACCUACGAGUACUCUCUCGCCCGGUAGGCUACCGCCUGGAGCAGGACGUGGACCAACAUCACCUGUGGGUGGCGGACUCGGAGCCGGUCCAAGGCUAGGCACGCUAUCACCCGAACAAGCACAAGCAUUAUGGCCAGAAAAGCGGCAGAAGAUGGUCAAAUUACGUGAACCGGAUUGGAGUCCUUACAUAGAGGUUCAUGAACGAGCACGAGAAAGAUUAGAUAAGAUGGCAGAGAUGAGUGCGAUUAGAAGUACAUCACCUUUUUUGGUCUCCGGAUCAUCAAUCUCGGAAGAAGGAUCUGGGUCUGGAAACGGAUCUAAUACAGGCGAUGAAGAUGAUGAAUUCUGGUUUGAGCGCUUUACCAAAUCGACCGCUGCUUCUGGAAGAGAUUGGGAUUGGCGAAAGCGCAGAGCACGUCAAAGAGCUACAGCACGUAUGGCUACGAUUGGAGGAAAUAGCGUUUCAGCAGUGGAUGCUAAUGGAAUGCCAAUGCAAACCUUGAAUGGUGUUUCUGCACAACUGAUUUCUGACCUACAGCUUCAAAAGCCAUUACCCGUCCAGCCUGGAGAUUCGGCUGUCUAUCUUUCCGAAAAUGGUCAGCCAAGGAGACAAAGUCCAAAUUCGCUACCUGUACCAUUACGAACUGCAAGUGCACCUCUUCUUUCGACUGUGUCUACCGAGAAUGAUAGGCAGGACAACGUCAAAGCGGUUGAGAAUGGCAGUCAUGGUCGAAAUGGACAAUCACCUCCUUCUGCGUAUGAGCAAGGCAGACUAAUUGCUUCCGGUCAAAAUUGGCCUAGAUUUCAAUCUUCUGCUCGAACGUUGAGUCUCGGAAGUAGCGCAAACAGUUCACCUAAAUUGAACAACGAAGCAGGACCUUUUGAGAAACGUAGCAGACGAUUUUCAGAUACGGAUCAAGCAGAUGCAGAUGAAGCUGUGAGUGUGCCGGGCAGAUUGAGUAGCUUGAAACCUAAAGCGGUGAAAAAGUUGAUCAUGCGCGGAAGGAGUUCGAAGCAAGAUCUGCGUGCCGUUGCAGAGGAAGAGCAACAAAAGUAUAACAGACAACAAUCAAAUGGCAAACAUGUUCAGGAAAAUGGCAUACAGGCAACCGGAUGGUCAGUCUCGCCAGACGAUCACCAACGUCAAACCCGCGAUGUACGAAAAGCCAGUUCGAUGAACCGAUUGAAUGCUCAAUUCACAGCCAGUACGCCUGCUUUACCUCUCAGCUCAAUGCCUGACCCACCACUCGGCAAUCAUGUCUCGCCUUGGACGGAACAAAGGAUAGAAUCACAACAGGCUUGGAGUAGCGCAGAUGCUUAUGGUGUUUCUGCUCCGACAUCCUUUGAGCCAGAGAGAAAUGGCGGUGGCGCAAGUUUAUUCGCACGUCCUUCUGGUCGUAUGACAGAAUCACAAAAUGACAACGUAUUGACCAGUGAUCUGGCCCAGUUGUAUAGCAGCUUUUAUGCUAUUUCUCCAUCCCAGUCACCUACCUUGCCACAACAAGAUCCAUCACAGCAUUCGCCUGGCCGAAGAAGACCAGUUCGACAUGAAACAAUGCCAUUGCUUCAUUCUACCAAUCAGCUUGGUUUUACUAUGCCUUCUACAUUUUUGCAUGAAACACAAUCAGGAGUGAAAUGA